AUGCCCAAACCAGAGCCGCAGGAUUCCUCCGUCCCCGCUCCGCCCAAAUACUUCCGCAUCUCCAAAUCACUCAGACCCUCCCUUAAAACGCGGCUCACUCCAGAAAUCAUAGCAGAGCUAGACGCCCUCUGGCACGCCGACCCGCGUGUCCCGACUCUGCAGAGUCGCCAGGCGUGGGCGCUCGCGCGCAGCAUCGAGCCGAUCCGCGUGCACAACUGGUUCUCGCACAAGAAGUCUUUGGCGGAGCGGAAGGGGCAGAUUAUCCCUGAAGGCACGUAUGAGCUGGAUACGCGACCACCGACAGAGCUGGAGAAGAUCACGGGUGACGACGAGGAACAAGAGAAUCGCCCAAAGAAACGGACCAAACGCCCAGAAUCGCGCUCCAGUACUUUGUCACCGCCUGCGGGUACCAAGACUAAGGCUAUAGACGAAUUCCCCAGCUCAGAGUUGACUUUGGUGGACUAUGAUUCUGACUCUGGUGAUCAUACCGCGUUUGGACGACCUCUAUGCAACAGCGGACGAUAUAACAGCAAAAACGGGGAGCGUGCUCGCGACUCUGGUUAUCUGCUGAGUUCUGGUCGACCUAUGGACGCAAAUACUCCGUCGAAACGCGCAUAUACCCCACUGGCUGGCGACUGCUCGGGCUCUGCUCUCUCUGCCAAGUCUCGUGCUCAAAGCCCCCGAGCAACUCAGAUCGACUCGGAUUCUCAGUGUGCCGCUACACCCCAGCUUGAGACUCGAUUAUGCAAGCAAGGAACAGUUGGCUCGUCCACGUUCACGUGUGUUCUAUGCAAACCAGGACCUACUAACAAAGGUAUACUUUCUGGGAGCGCUUCACUUUAUGGUCUUCCUUUAGAGGCUUAUCCCCCUGGAUUCCGUGGCAGAACCUACUAA